AUGUCUUCAACUACGACUGAAAAGGAAGAUGUCGCUGCUAUUGGUGACAAGACUAUCCAGACUCAACAUGUAGAUGCAGUCGAUCCUCAGCUUGAGCCCGCGACCACCGGAAAAGGCGCCGUCAAUUCGUUAUUGAUUCUGGCGUGCAUAGCUUUUGGCUCAGCUUCGUUCUUGUUCGGAUAUGAUGACAAAGUCAUAUCACCGAUUGCAGCUUUGAGCGCGUUUGUGGAGGAUUUCCAAGGUCCAGAUCCGAUCAAAGGAAGUCUUGCCCUUACGGCACGCAAUCAGGAUCUGGUGUUUUCCGUCCCUCUGGUGGGAUCUAUCAUUGGCGGUCUAGCAGCUUCGCCCUUGAACAGUCGAUUAGGUCGGAAAUGGACACUUCUAAGUGCAUACCUCUUCUCUCUCGGCGGCGGAUUUUUACAGCUUUUUGCUCCAAACCUCGCUACAUUCGUCAUCGGACGAUUUUGGAAUGCUACUGUUAUCGGUAUUGCCAACGCAACUGCACCGUUGUACAUGUCAGAGGUGGUCCCACCGUCGAUGAGAGGCCGGAGUGUAACGUCUAUUAAUAUCCUGUCCUUGUUGUCUGGGGUUGUAUCAACGGUCAUAGUCAAUGCGACACACACUAUGGACGGUCGACGACAGUAUCAAAUCCCCCUUGCGGUCCAAUGUGCGCUACCCGUCCUUUUAUUCUUUCUCACAAUUGCCCUUCCCGAAAGCCCGCAGUGGCUUGUCAGCAAGGGUCGAUUGGACCAAGCUCGUCACAACCUUCGCAAAUUACGAGGCUUCUCAGACUUCGAAGUGGAUGAUGAGCUUCGCGUCAUGAAAAUGUGCGAGGAAAACGAACGAGCUCUAACUUCGAAUGUGCGAUUCUGGGAAAUAUUCAAUCGUCAGAACCUCAAGCGUACCCUUACAGCUGGAUCGUUCUACUCCCUCAACCAAGUUUCUGGUAUCAUUCUCUCAACCACAUAUACAACCGUCUUCCUCACUCAGCUCGGGGUUGGUAACCCUUUCACCUUCACCGUGGUCGCAUCGUGCUGCACGCUAGCAGGAACCAUGGCCGCACCACUCGUCAUUGAUCGCGCUGGUCGACGUCCUACAGCCUUUGUGGGAAUGACUUUACUCCUGAUUAUAGAUAUUGCAGCUGGCGCGCUGGCCUUCAACACUAGCAACAAGAAUUCCGCACUCACCAUCGCUGCCCUCGGGUUUGUCUUCAAUUUCUUCUGGGGCGCCGGCUUUUACUCUCUAUCUGCCCUGAUGCCGUCCGAAAUCGCCACACCAAAACUUCGGAAUCACACCAUGGCAUAUACAAUCGCCUGCGCCCAAACAACAGCCGUCAUCACCACAUUUGCUGUGCCACAACUGACGUCUGCCGACGCUGCGAAUCUCGGAGCCAAGACUUAUCUUGUCUUUGCAGGGUGUAUGGCCUGUGUUUUGGUAUUUGUGUAUUUCUUCAUGCCGGAAACGAGAGGUCGCACUUUUGCUGAGGUUGAUGAAAUGUACGAUGCCGGAAUACCGAUGUGGAAGUGGCGCAAGUAUCAGACUACGACGACUGCGAAGCAGAUGACGGUAGUUGAUGUUAUUCAGAAGGUCUAG